GUCACUACUUGAAUGUUGGCGCGCGUUGUUCAUGUUUACGCAAAAUUCAGUGAUAAAAUUUUCUGUAGAAAAUAACCAGGGUAUUUUAAACUUGAAUUAUUAUUAUCUGCUCGCUUCAUCCUAGAAGGUGUCCAAGGGCGAUAUGUCUGAUGACGGAGAUGUGGCUAUAGUCGAUCUGUCCAGCAGUGAGGAGACUGAUGACGGGUCGCUCAUAGACGCGUAUCCGCCGUCCGACCCCAGCAGCCCUGUGCUGGGAACUGUCCGACCGGGACGCCAGGCCAGCGUCGAUGGUGAUGCGGCGGCGGCAGCAGCUGCCGGGCCGCCCCCGACUGCGGCCGGCGCUGAGCGGAACCCGGAGCCCAGUGGAUCUCCGGUACCGGCGCCGCGGCCCCGCUUAUCUCCGGGGCCCGAGCCACCACCUCGCGUAUCUCCGGUACCGGCGCCGCAGCCCCACGGAUCCCCGGCGCCGGUGGACCCGGUGGCCAGUGGCGGCGGCGCGGUGCCAGAGGUGGACCCCGAUAUGGAGGUUGUGCCGGUGGACGGCGCGGAGUCGCCGCCGCGCGCCGCCGACCCGCCACCCAGGCGGAGCAUCGGCGCCGGCAAUGUGUGGCGCGACACGGACUUUCGGUCACCAGGCCCCGCCGGACUCCGGUCACCGGGCCCCGCCGGGCUCCGGUCACCGGGCCCCGCCGGGCCCGCAGAGGGCACCGUGGAGGGCCCUGCCGAGCCUCCCGUGCCUGUAGCAGCGGUCCCUAUGGCGACCGAUCCAGCUGGAGAUAAGAAAACACCCACGAAAGAUACCGGAGGAGGGUUUCUGACCGGUGCUGACGCCCGCUCACCGGGCUCUGAGGACGGGCAGUGCUGCACCAUCUGCUUCGAGUCGUGGUCCAACUCUGGCGAGCACCGGAUAGCGUCGCUGCGCUGUGGCCACCUGUUUGGGAAGUCGUGCAUCGAGCGCUGGCUGCGCGGACGGGAGCAGCGCUGUCCACAGUGUAACGCAAAGGCGUGUCGCCGAGACGUCCGUGUCAUAUUCGCCAAGAGUCUGCGCGUGUUGGACACCACCGACCGAGACAGAGCGAUGGAGGAGCUGGACAGAGAACGGGAGGCCAGGCGCAGGCUCGAACUCGACUAUGCCGUAGUGCAGGUCAAGUGUCAGAUGAAGGAGAAUCAGAUCGAGAAGCUGCAGGCUGAGCUGCGCGCGCUGCGGGACCGAGUAGGUGGCGGCGGCGGCGGGGGUCCGGAGAAUGGAGCUGAGGGCAGGGGCGGCUCCCCUGGACCUGGAGAAGCAGAGGCGACCGCCAAGCUCAGCCUCCACUGUAACCUGGAGGUGAGCCGGCCCGGCGGCUGCCGGGUGCUCGAGCACAACGCCUGGCUGGGCAUGCUGGUGGCCUCACAGCCCAGUCAGAACUCGCUGUUCCCUGGCCAUGGAGUUAGGAAGAUCAACACGCUGGACAUGCGUCCGCUCCAGUUCGUCUCGCUGCACCAGAAGCAGAUUCGUGACGUGCGCUUCAGUCCGGAGCAGCGGGAUCUGCUGCUCUCCGUCUCUCUGGAUCGCCGCGCCAAGAUCACAAACGUGUGCGGAAACACGCUCGUGCAGACGUACGAGUGCGCGGCGCCCGUCUGGAGCUGCGCAUGGGACCGCGACGCGCCGCACACGUUCUACGCCGGCCUGCAGAGCGGCGCCGUGGUGGCGUUCGACACGCGCGCCGGCUGCGAGCCGCUGAUGCAGCUGGAGGGCGGCUCGCCGGUGGUGGCGCUGCGACACGUGCCGCGCGGCGGACAGGACGGCGCUGGGGGUCUGCUGGCCUGCCGGCUGGCCGACUGCGCCCUCCAGGAGGUGACCGGUCGGCUGCGCGCGCACCCGCUGCCGCUGCACGGGCCGUUCGUGUCGGCCGACUUUGACGAGCGCACGCGGCACGUGCUGGUGUCGAGUCGGCCCAGCAGCCGGCAGCCGCACGCGCAGCACGCCGUGUGCCGUCUGCGGCGCGCGCCCGGUCCGCCGGGGGAGCCGGACGCACCGCCGCUGGCUGCUGAGGUGGUGCAGGUGUUCCGCGGCGGCACCAGCCAGCGCGUGCUGUCGCGCUCGGCGCUGGUGCCGCACCCGCUGCGGCCGGACGCGCCGCUCGUGUGCGCCAGUCAGGAGACGGCGCAGGUGACCCAGCUGUGGGACCUGGCGUCGGGCGAGUGCGCCGCCACACUGGCCGCAUCGGAGCCGGUGCUGGACGCCUGCCCGCUGACCGCCCAGGACCGGCACUUCCUGGCGCUGCUCACAGAGAAGACGGUCAAAAUGUACCGGUGGGAGGUGACCUGACCGGCCGGUCCGCUCAGAGGUAGGGGGCGCCACACCGCGGGACCAGGCGGGUCCACGUACCUGAUUUUACUGCCAGUGCUAGGCUGUGCACGCGUACAUUGUUAUUGUGAUAGUGAGCGAAGGAAAUAUACAUUGUCAUUCCUUGA